AUAACAUCGGAGUCGCAGGAGGCUACUCGGUGACUCGGUUGCCCAGCUGGCCAUGUCAAAAAAUUCAAACUGACGAACCAACAAGAGGAUUUUCCGAUACCUCGGAGUUGCUUUGGAAUUUAGUUUGCUGCUGCUGUAGCCUUACAGUACUAGCAUGCAAUGCGCACUGCGUGGCACAACUGUGCAAUCAGUGACAAAGCAUUUGCCAUCGGCCAUCAUCCCGACCGCCACGUCACGUAUAUAAACAGCCAAAUUCUCAGCACCAUGGGUUUCUUCUCAAAGUCAUUCGACCCAGUCACUGACCUCCCGGACUUGUCUGGUAAAGUCAUCCUGAUCACAGGCGGGAACGCAGGUAUCGGCUACUCAACUGUGAAGCACCUGGCACGUCGUGGUGCCAAGGUGUACAUGGCUGCGCGCAACCAAAGCAAGGCGGAGGAGGCGAUCACGCAACUGAAAGCAGAGGGGUUGGGCCCUGGAAGCGGUGAUGUUAUCUGGUUGGAACUUGAUUUGAAGGACCCUCGGAAUGCGAAGAAAGCAGCAGAGAGAUUUAUGAAGCUCGAGAAGAGAUUGGAUGUUCUGAUUCACAACGCUGCGGUGUUACUUGAGAAUUACAGCAUGACUCCGGAUGGAGUUCAGGAGAUAGUGAUGGUUAACGUAAUAAGUCAUAUCGUCCUGACACGCACUCUUCAACCGCUGCUGGACCAGACAGCAGCAGAACCUAAUUCAGACGUCCGCAUAGUCGUCGUCGGUUCAGAAGCCCACCGGUUCGUAUCAGGGGAAACUCAUUUCCGGAACCUUGAUGAUCUUAACAAUGAGCUCAAGAGUUCGCUUUCCCCUACCUUCGCGCGGUAUUGCAUGACGAAACUCAUGAAUAUGCUCUACGCUUUUGAACUUCAACGACACCUCGCCGCUGUUGGCUCUCCCAUCACCGUCAUCGCCGCUCACCCUGGAGCAGUCAACACCUUUUCCGAUAAACCGCCCCUAUCCAACUUCAAGUUCAUCGUCAAGCCCAUCGUGUCCCUCUUCUUUUUACGUCCAGACCAGGGUGCAUAUAACUCGGCGUUUGCAGCUGCGUCGGAGGAAGUGACUAGGCAGCGCGAGAAGUACAAAGGCGCGUAUUUAACGCCAGUAGGUAAGCUAACGGAGCCGACGAAGGUGGCAAAGGAUGAGGGGCUUACAAAGGAACUUUGGGAUACCGUGGAUAAGUUUUUGGAGGAGAAGGGGAUUUAAGGGAAGUUUUGUUCUAUUGAUGCAUGACGGAUAGCAGUGCCUCCAAGAGGUGUUGAAUGGACAAAACGUCGAUACUAGAUUAUGAUGGAACAAUUAUCCCUGUUGAUAUGUUAUUAUGUACAUUUGCAUGGCGCUGGUGCCUAUCUGGCUUUUCCUUUUCUUCUGUCUAGUACAUCACUGCAUCGUGUCUUACACCUUACUGUAUGUCAUUCCUACAUAAUCAUUUUAUUAGCCCUUAGUCUGUGUUGCAAUUAGCAUCGAAGGUCGAGUGAGUACGCAACGAUGCGAUUAUUCGACAAGUCAAGGAGGUAUUUCCGCCUGAGUUUGAGUCAGCACAGUGCCCAGCUGUG